AUGAGGUAUCAAACUGAUACCUUAACCAACCGACGAAAUGACAGACUAUCGAAAAUUAUAGCGCAAAAUGGGUCCGUUCUUGUACUGGAUACUGUUCUCUGUACUAGUGGCCUUGUUGACACGACAGGCGCAGAGAGACAGACGAGUGAGACCGAAGACAACUGUCGCCUUAACAAGUAUUAUUUCGACAGGCACGAUGUGGAGGACCUGACAAGAAUACAGGGAGAUUUCAAGACUGUCCGGCCAAACCUCAGCCUUAGUAAUGAAGUGGAGAAAAGCAGUGUGGACCGACUAUUGAAGAAAAAAGACCACAGGUAUUCUUCCCUGUCGAAUAUAGAUGAAGAAGUCGCUUCCAAACACAGCCUUGACGACUUAAAUUCCGCCAGCAGUGUACAGUCCGCGUUGACAGACGAAAAUGUCAGGGAAAAGACUAAAAUAUCCCAAAGCGUCGACAAUUUAGAAUUUUGCGAUCCCAAAGGCAUCGAUGUGUUGAAGGAAAUACACAAGAUAGAAGACGAAGCGAAGAAAAUCGAUAAAGACCUAGACUAUUUUAUAGGAAGUAAAAGUGACGUUAAGUUCUACGAAAUAAACGAGACUUUGUUAAGACUUAUGAUUUCUUUGUGUGACAUAACGUGUGAGACUCAUGAACUACGGAGCAAGAAACGUGAAACGUUGGAGUACAUCGAGGAGUGUCAGAGGAAAUUGAAGGCCAAAGUUAAAGAUAUGUUGUGAGGUGUUAUACUUAAGUUCUGAGGAGUGAAAGUUGAACACAAGAAGUCAUUACGCAGUCCUAAAUGACCACGUACAAUGAGAAGAACUUUUCAAUACACAGUUUUCUAAAUAAUAAUUUUUAAAACAAUAGCAGGAAAAUGAAAGAGAAUUCUCAAAAAUUGUGUAAGCAGGAUUGUUUUUUUAAUGCAUAACUUUUAUAAGAAUUGACAGUCACAUGCCCGAUCUAACGACAGCAAUGGCAUUGUUGCCAUAUUUUCAGAUAAACAGGAAACUUUUUUAAUGGAACAUAGUGUUUUACUAUUUGUAUAUUUUUAUUGGAAUUGUAAGAAACCGUUCUAAAUGUGUAAAAAUAUACUUGACGAUCUAUUUAAAUAAUAAAGUUUUCUGUUAUAUCUGAAAAAGAUCCAAUGCCACAACUAAAUUACUCUCAUCAGAUCAAUCAAGUACGCUUAUCUUUGAAUGUCAAGGUUGACAUCUAUCAAAUAAUCCAUAGAAAAGUUAUAGGGGGUAUGCCUUUUAAAUAUCACUCUGUGUAUUAUUUGUACAUAUAUUUUUGAUGAUAAAUAUGCCUGUAGUAGAAAAAAAAUAAGGAAAAUUUAUAUUUAUGAUAAAUGCUUUUGUAAAAACCAAAGUAAUCUACUUAAAAAGUGUUUAAAUGCUUUGCAGAAGUCUAAGCUUCCUAGAAAACAACUAAUAAAUGUUAUCUACAUGUUAACAAUUAGAAGACUGAAUUAUUUAAUUUAUAGAAUAAUAAAAAUUUAAGGGAAGAUACCAGAUGAUCAUAAAUAAGAGUAUUACGGCGAUUAGUCUUAAACAAAUAACAAACCAUUGAGUUAAUCCAAGAUAAAAAUGAUAAGGAUUAAAUUAUAGUUACAGUUAAAAUGUAUUCUAAGAAUUUAUUGUAGUAUACAUUACCUAUUUAAUAAACUCUUUUCUAUUGAA